CGUCCACCAAGAUGGGGCCACAGCAUUGCGUAUAACGGAUAAUGAAGCCUUCGAACAGAUGCAGAAGCUUUACCAAUGCAUUCGUGCUUUGUCGUGGCUCACGUCCACUAGUGCACCAACAAAGCGUUUAUGUAUGAAUCCCACAAGCGUCUGUCCACCGCAAAGCACAAUGCCACUUCCACCUCUGGGAAUCGUAUUUAGUCCAGCCCGAAUGCCUACCUGGUAUCAUCAUUACCCCAAGGAGAAUCAGGCAUUCACCUCAGACAAAAUCAAGCAGCAAUGUCUCCUACCAAGGUCUAUGUUUGCUCUCAGGCUAAGUGCGGCGAAACUUUUACCAAGUUUGCGGAAUUCAAGAGACAUGAGGCUAGGCAUGCAGAAAACGUGUACACCUGUACCUUUCCCGGAUGUGACUUUGCGACGCUGAUAAAAAGAAGCUUCGAUGUCCACUCCGCCAGACACACCGGCGAGCAACGCUAUGGUUGUCCUCAUGAUUGCACCUUCAGGACCCACGAUCCUUCCGCCCUGACGCGUCAUCGCAAAACAAAACAUGGAUAUGUCCCUUCUCCGCGCAGCGGACGCGGCGGCGGUCGUGUUGCUGCCCCCUCCGCAUCAGACAGGACCCCAUCGUCCCAGCCCUCUGCUUCGUCCUACCAAUCACACCCUCACAGCCUGAGCCAAGACCCGUCAUUGGUCUUCUAUGACCCGGUGGAUAGUGAGGACGACUGUACCAUGUUCAGCGAACCUGUGACGACGGCAAAUGGGUGGACUGAGGGCUGCAUACGCCCUUCGGAGAUGUUGGGUUAUGCAUACAGGCAAUAUUAGUUUGCAUCAACUCAAGGUGACUUGUGUUCGUCGUUUGUAAAACCUCCCCUCGUUAUAUGUGUCUAUUAUUUUUCACUUAAAAGCACUUUACGAUGUCGUCUGAAGGCUUAUACACUCUUUUAUAGAUGCACUAGUAGUAAUACGCUCUUUUCUAAAUCAUGAUGUUCCCCAAACAUACUAUGGGCCUCUGCUUCCGGGGUCCUUCCGUGACUGUAAAGGCCUGAAUCAAACACAACCUCUGCAGCGCCUGACUCCGACUCCACCUUCGUCCCCCAGCUUUUAUCUUACAAUGACUGCAUGACUUGUCGCGUCAUAGGAAGCGGUGGGUUCGCUGCCACUGGCAUCUACGCACUGAGAAUGGCCCGUCCCAGCGCACCGGGAAGUAUAUAGUUGGCAAGAGGAUCAUGGGUG